CAUGAUUUGGCGUUUGUGUUGUCACUUCACUUGUCAGUUGUAUUGUCAUUAAAAUAAAGUUUUACUACUUCCAACGCGAAGUUUCAAGAAAAAUGUGUAUCCGAGAUAGUAUUCUUACUAAAUUUACAUUUGUAUUGUUAUUAGUAACUCCUAUUCUAGCGGAAUGGAACACGAGGGAUUAUAUCAGGCGAGAACACUCGCUAACGAAACCAUACCAAGGCAGUGGGAUGUCCGUACCUUACUGGGACUUCUUAGGUAGCACAAUAGUUACAACAAAUUACGUUCGUUUAACACCCGAUUUGCAGUCAAAGGCCGGCGCAAUUUGGAAUACUGCGCCAUGUCAUACAAGAAACUGGGAGCUCCAAGUGCAGUUCAAAGUGCACGGUCGGGGCAAGGAUCUCUUCGGUGAUGGGUUCGCGAUCUGGUACGUCCGCGACCGCAUGCAACCGGGGCCAGUGUUCGGCAGCAAAGAUUACUACUACGGGCUGGCGAUUAUACUGGACACGUAUAGCAAUCAUAAUGGUGCACAUAAUCACCAACACCCGUACAUAUCGGCGAUGAUCAACAACGGCACGCUGCACUACGACCACGACCGCGACGGCACGCACACGCAGCUCGCCGGCUGCGAGGCCAAGUUCCGCAACUACAACCACGACACGCACAUCUCCAUCGUGUACAAGGACGACACGCUCAUAGUGUCAACGGACCUCGAGGGCAAAAACGCGUGGAAAGAAUGUCUGCGUGUGGAGAACGUAUUGUUGCCCACCGGCUACUACUAUGGCGCGUCGGCCACCACCGGUGACCUCAGCGACAACCACGACAUCGUCGCCAUCAAGAUGUACGAGCUGGAUCUGCUUGAGACGCAAAACAAAGAAGAGGACAGGUCCCACAUAAUACCAUCAGCAGCCUCCUUCGAAGCACCUCGAGAGAGGAUCGAAGAUGAGAAACCCGCCAUGUCUGGGGUGAAGACCUUCCUAUGGAUGAUGUGCAUCGCUAUAGUGGUGAUAGUGCUGGUUGUACUGGCUAUUAUGUGGUACCAGAAACGGCAGGAGACCUUCAGGAAAAGGUUGUAUUAGGUAAAAUGUCAAAAAAAAGUCCCUUUUGGUACGUCUGAUUGUUAGAUGUUCUUUGUUUAGGGUUGCCAGCUCUCGAGACAAAAUAUUGUAAUGGUAAACCAAUUUGGUAUAAUCGACCUGCCAUGUUUCAUACUCAUGAUGCGUUUGCAUACCUUUCCUAGAUACGAGCCAAAACGCUAUCGGCCAUGAUGGUCUGUUUCAUGACGUCACGUAAACACUAAACCUUAACCAAACGGCUUAGUGUUUGUCAAAAUUAUUAGUUAUUGAAUAUAUUUUUUAAUAUUACACGCUUUAUAUUAGCUUCAUUUGUAGCUAUGUAUGUAAGAAAAUCUUGGAAUCUUAAUUUGACCCACUUCCCGGUAUUCGAUUGGGAUGAAAUUUUGCACACGCUCUGAGUUCUGAUGACAAUACAUGACUAGCUUAGAAACGUCAUUACAAAUCCAAUAUCCGCCUAUAAAGUGGCCUCCGCAAGAUGGACUGGCUGUUUGAAAUCUACUCCCAUGAUAUGGAUAUCAAAUGAAAGGCUUUAAAAUAAAAAUACGAAAAAAAUAGUCACGUGACUUAAAUCCAAUAUUUGUAAUUUUUAGUGCGGGCUAAAAGGGUGUUUUUUAGUUUUUUGGACUAUUUAAAGUUAUUCUAUUAAAUAUAUAUUUAGGCCCAAUUUGGCUUCCUUGCUUCAGUGAUUUUGUCAAGGUCGUUAUCCCUCAAUUUUGGACUAUUUCAGUAUAUAUAUUUUUAAAGACAAUACUUGCUAUAUCUUUUAAAUAUGACCAAUAUUCCUAUUACCCUCCAAUUAGUCGGGAAAUACUGUAUUAGGAGUGGGUACGACAAUAGACCAACGGGGCGGGGAUCGAACCACCACCCCUCGAUGAUGAGCCCAGCCACUCUACCGUUGAACUAUUGAAGCUAUUCUAAGCUAAAGUAUAUAUUUUUACGUUAUAGUCCAUAUUAAUGCAAUGACAUGACAAUUACUGUGCCAAAAGGGACUAUUUAUCUAAACAUCACAAGAAUUAAGCACAGUAUAGCAAUCAUACAGAAUGGAAUUUAGUUUAAUAUUUUGAAAACAAAUUAUGGGUGUUGCCAAUUUUACUUUUAUGGUGUAAGUGAUUGUGUAAGCAUUACUUUAUGAAUCAAGUUCCGAUUCAUAGUUCAAUUUAACAAUUUUUAAUUUCAAAGAUAAAAUUUCCAAUAAAUUGAAGUUGUUGUAUUUAUUUAUUUUAUUAGGACAACAUACAGCUCAUACAAUGCCAUUAAAAUAGAUUAUUAAACAGCUUAUUAGGGGUUAUCACAGCAUUCACUAAUUAAUAUUAUAUCAAAACUACAGCUGUCUGCAAUAAAUCAAUGUCAGACUACAAUAAAAUUGAAGAAUAAAUCACAUAAAUUUAAAAAAAAGUAAGAAAAUUAUACCUAAAAAUUGGUUCACAAAUGACAGAAAUAUCGCUGAACAUACCUUCAUAAAAAAAACAUACAUACAGCCGAACGUAGAACCUCCUCCUUAAUGCAAGUCGGUUAAAUAUUACAAUUUAUAAAGUAAAGCAUACACAACUAUAGCAAUGUUCACGCGGUAGCGUCAGAAAAAGCAUUCUGGGCAAUUGGUAUUCGGUGUUGCCAGUGGGAAUAUAUAAAAAAAUUACGUAGGUGUUUAAAAUUGAUAAUUUACUUUUAGUGUUGCCCUAUAAAAACAGAGUUGCCAAAUGUGAGGCAAAUUAAAUGACAUUCACCAUGUUUUUUAUUGUCAUUUCAAUUUUCGUUCAUCCUGUAUACAUAUUGUUAUUUAUUAUACUAAAUAUGAUAAUAAUUAUAAUUCACUUUUGUUAGAUUUAUUGUAAUGUAUCCUAAUCCUAUUAAACUGAAAUUUAGCUAAUGAAAGUAGGACUGAAAUGCCUGGCAAAUUAAAAAAAAAUCAGAGGGCAUUAUCAAAAUUAUAGUGCAAAUAUUGGAAUAACUCAGUUUGAUACUUGUAGUUUUUUAUACAGGUAGUAAUGUUUUCACAAACACACUUAAAUAUGUGUUUUUAUAACAUUACUUUUUUGAAUUUGCCACAGGAUUUCAGUCUCUACUUUCAGUAGCCAAACCAUAAUUCAUGUACUAAACCUAGGCCGCGUUCUAAUUACGUCGUAACGGUUAUCGUGAUGACAUUUUGUCGUCGACAUUCGUCUUGACGUUUCCGCAUGUGUCGCCGAUUGAUGAUUAUUAUGUCGUCACGACAAAGUGGGAACGCGUCCUUAUAUUUUAGGACUCUGUUUUCUAGAUGAAUGUAGUUUAGUAAAUGAAAACUAAUCUACAGUAUUACUGAAAACGUAUUUAGAGUUUUCUACAUAUAUGUAGUUUAGUAAAUGAAAACUAAUCUACAGUAUUACUGAAAGCGUUUUUAGUCACAGUCGAGUUUAUUUCAAGUAGCGCUGAGUAAUUUUCAAAAAAAGAGUUUGGGUUUUUGAGUCCUAUAAAAGACUGUUUUCGUUAAUUAUUAAGAUUUGGGAUGGAUAUUUUCUAAGUUUUAAUAAACUAUUACUAUUGCGAUUAAACAUUUAUUAUUUGGCAUUCAAAGUUACGUAUGUACUCGUAUAAGCGUACCAAAUUUUUUUUUAUUCAAUAAAAAUUGUAAAAAUCUGUUUCUAAUGCAUAAUAAUAUAUAACCUCAAUACCUCAAUACUUUGGGAGUUGAAUUUAACCUAUAUGACUUACUAGCGGGCGCCCCUAUCUUCGUCUACCCUUAGACUUCUUUAAUCCGGCCCUGUCGCAAAAUCCGUUCUUAGUGGACGUCUAUUAACUAUAAACUACCUCCCUUUCGAAUUUCAUCUUCGUUAAGCAAUUUCGGGAAUUCGUGGUGAUGAUGGCCUUACGCUUUUUUAUACAUAUUUAGAUAAGAAGAAAUGGGGAUAGUCAUGUUUAAAAUAUACAUAACUAACAUUUUUUGUAUAAUAAUUGAAAUUUUUAUUACAAAAAAUGCAAUAUAUUUAAUAAUAAACAUUUUUCACUAUAUUUCACAUUUUGAAUGCCAAAUAACGCAAUAUAUAAUUGAUUUAGUGUAUUUUACGAUUAUUUUAUAGUUUGACCAGAAAUAUAAAAACAUAGAUGGGUGGCGCCAAAAGUAUAUUAUUUUAUUUGUACAAAUUUGCAAAAAAAUAUUUACUGUCCGAAAUAUGGCGAAUUUUUUUCUGUGGUCAGUCUAUAAAUACGCUUUGAAUAAUAAAGCUUGUCUUUAAUGAAAACAUUUUAUGUAUUUGAUUAUUAUCUUUAAAAAAUACCCACACCCUAUUUAGUGAAAUUAAUUGAUUAAUUCUAUUCUUAUUCCAAAUUUUAAUUUAAGUAUUUAUAACUAUUUUUAUUUUACAAGAUGACAGUUUAAUAAUAAAAUUGUAAUCCAAGCGGGCGCCAUUUUGUUUGCGUGGUUAAAAAACAGUACUAUAGUACUGGCUUUUUAACUUAAACGUGAUACGUAAAAAAAAUUACACAAUAUAUUGAAUAAAAUGCAUUCUCAAUACGCAAAAUAACUCUAAAUUCAGCUAAUAAAAAAAAUACGAGAGCUUUAUGUAAUUCCUACUUUCCCGCCAAAACAUACUCCCUUUCACUAUUGCCUUAACUCCUGUAAGAUUGUAAAUUAUAUAAAACUGAAGACUUACCUGUACUAUUUAUAUAAUCCUAUCGUCUUGAUUUUACAUUCAAAAUUUAUUUAAACUAUAAUAUAUAAAUAACUAUAAAAUAAUAUGACUGUAUAGUGCGACACAAAAGAGUAGAAAAAUGAUGGCGCUUUAGUCACUUAAUGUCAUUGUUAUGGCAACCCUGUGUUCUGUCAUCCACUCAGGAUUGCAACUACCUUGAUACUUGAUAAUAUUUAAUAUUUUGUUCUACUCAGGUAAUAUUAUGUUCUUAUUUUUAAUUAGAUCAUCUGUUGAAAAUAUAUUACUAUCAAUAAAUUAAAUAAUAUAUUUGGAAAAUACUUACAUCACUAUUUAGCCCUGCGCAUCUUGAUAAGAUUACUAAGAUAGCUAAUUUCAUGAAUUACAUUUAUUAAAUUUAAAAGAAAGUCAAUCUCAUCUGAAUAAAUUAUAUUUAUUUGUCGUUCAUAGGGUAACCCUGUGUUUUGUCAUCCACUUGUGAUUGCAACUACCUUGAUACUUGAUAAUAAUUGAUGUUUUGUUCUAUCCGUAGGAAGUAAUAUGUUCUUAUUUUAAAUAAGAUCAUCUGUAGAAAAUACUAUUACUAUAAAUUAAUUAAAUAAUAUAUUUGGAAAAUACUUGCAUCAUUAGUUAGCCCUGCGCAUUAUGUUAUGAGUAGUAUAGCUGAUUUCAUGAUUUACAUUUAUUAAAUUGAAAAGAAGUAAAUCUUAUCUGAAUAAAUUACAUUUAUUUGUCGUUCAUAGGGUAACCCUGUGUUUUGUCAUCCACUUGUGAUUGCAACUACCUUGAUACUUGAUAAUAAUUGAUGUUUUGUUCUAUCCGUAGGAAAUAUUAUGUUCUUAUUUUUAAUUAGAUCAUCUGUUGAAAAUAAUAUUACUGUCUAAUAUAAAUAAAUUAAACAAAAUAUAUUUGGAAAUUACACUAUUAUCAAAUUUAAAAGAUAGUAAAUAUUAUCUUGAUACAUGAUAUUUAUUUUAAUUCGUCUGGUUUCCGAAUUUCCACUGUGAUUUUAAUAAUCGCAAAACAAUCAAUACUAUUUGGUCGCUCUAUAAUGACAGAUCUUUAUGAUAAUGACAGUAAAUGUGGUGUUGCCACACAGUGAAUCUAUUAGUUCCAUUUUUUAUUAACUUCUACUCUUUCAUGUCACUCUAUAUCUUUAACAUCACAAAACUCUGCCAAAGCAGGGAUACGAACACCUAAUGUUCAUAAUUAUACAAAAUGAAACUAAAAUAUAUACAUAUUUUGUAAACUCAAAAAUCAUAAUUUAGACAUUAAAGCAUUACUUACCAUUUUAUGUCUGUUAGUUUUUAAUUUCGUAAUAGAAGAGAUAAUGGACCAUUUAUUUUACUGUUCUCGAAUUGUUCUUGUGUAUUAAUGAAAUUAACUAAUAAUAAUAAUUAAUCUUUAUUUGUUUAUUCAAUACUCUUUCAGCUAAUUAAUUGCUCAAUAACCAGUAUCCUUUAUUUUCUUGUUUUCUGUACUGUCCUUUUUUGAAGUGAUAAAAAUAGAAAAUUAAAUGAAAUAUACUUAAUUAAAACUUGACAUUCAAUUUUACAAUAAUAUGUUAAAUAAAUAAAUAAGAGAAAUAUAGUCGUUAUUUGAAGCAAUAAACUUUGUACAUGAGUUCAAAGUACUAUUAAUUUUAUUGCACUAGAUAUUUGGGUUGUAGAACGUCUUCACAUUUAAGCCUCGUAUCCACUAGGCAACAAUUGACGCAAAUGUGACGCUCAACAGAUUAGGCAACGUUGCACUCGUAGACAGAGUACGUAAUAGCCUAUAUAGCAUCCGUCGCAUUCAUCGCAUCGCGCAUCAAAAAAGAGAUCAACUUAUGCAUGGUCUCUGUAAACCAGACAAAGCGAUUCAAUAUUCGAUUCUAUGACGCGUUCUGUUUUUGCAAACCUAAUAGGUCGUCUAACAAGUUGUCAGAUGGUUCAGGGUAGUUGAUAAGAAGUGAAGGCAUUACGCGUCAAAAAUGCAUGUUUUGUGGUGUAGUGAACGUAUGCAAGUCGUAUGUCAUGCGUGUAGUGCUUGAUCGUGCGUGGAUAGAGAACGUCUCUAAACAAUGCCGUAGUAUGACAAAACACUAUUUAAAAACAUUAUUUUUUGAAAAAUCGCCGUUUAUUGUUUUAAUUCAUAACAUAUUCAGUCUAGAUAUACAUGAAUACUAACAUUAUUAAUGUAGGUAUGUAUUUAAGCCCUACGAAAAUUAUUUGAACGCUGAAUUUUACUGAGUAACCACGCGACAGUCAUAUUACACUAUAUGUGAAGAUGUAGUGUAAAAUGCACGACAGCAUGAGCAAGAAUGUCGCGCGUCAAAUGUUGCCCAGUGCAUACGAGGCUUUAGGUUAGCUAGGCCUUCCAAUCUCGCCCAAAAGGUUUGAAGUAAGAACAAUGUAAAGUAAAAUAUUUUUAAUGUGUAUGAGUGUUGUAUUAUUGUAUGUUUGAGUGUUUUAAAUAAAAGUGAUUUAUAAUAUUUUA